AUGCGUUCUACUGCUGCUCUCCGAAUGUUCAGGCAGACGCCUCGCAUGCUGCGACCCGUCCCCAAGGAGGACCAGGCUGGCCACACCAUUUCUCAGCGACUCCGAAAGCUCAAGCAGAUCCCUCCUGAGCUGUACCCCCUCGCUGUCGUUGUUGGCUUCGCUCUCGGCGCUGCCGGCUACUCCGUUUCCCGCAAGUUCAUCGUCGACAAGAACCUCCGUCUCGCUCGACAGGGUCCCGCUGCGCGUCAGGCAAGCAAUGGUCACGGUGAGAGCGAGGAACACUAA